AACUCCAUUUAAUUUCUUGUUAUGUACUAUAUAAAUACCUCCUCCAUUCUCAUCUUUUUUAUCAUGUACUUUCAUUAACACUAGCUAUAUCUCUUCUUCAUUCACACAAAUUUCAUUAUUUUUCAAUAAUGGAAGGUCUUUGUGCUGAGUUGCACCAUCAUAAGUUUCAUCCCUCACACCAACUUUACAAGAAGUCCCUUCGUGACAUUGAUAUUCCACCAAGAAAAUUACUGAGCCGUCGCUCUACUCUUUCAUCAGUUGAUUCUGAUGUUUUUGACUCUCCUAAGUCUGGGUUUGGGCCUGAAACCGACACACUGUUUCAGAAGUUUUUGCCUUAUAAUAGUCUGGAUGAUGAUGAUGCUGACCCAUACUCGUCUGACCAUUUUCGUAUGUACGAGUUCAAGGUGCGGAGAUGUACUCGUAGCAGGAGCCAUGAUUGGACUGAUUGCCCCUUUGCACAUCCAGGUGAGAAGGCUAGGCGGAGAGAUCCACGAAGGUUUCAUUAUUCUGGGACGGUUUGUUCAGAGUUUCGUAAGGGGAAUUGCAGCAGAGGUGAUAACUGUGAGUUUGCACAUGGAGUAUUUGAGUGCUGGUUGCAUCCAUCAAGGUAUAGAACUGAAGCAUGCAAAGAUGGGAAGAACUGUAAACGAAAGGUUUGUUUCUUUGCACAUACUCCUAGACAACUUCGUGUUCUUCCUCCUAGUUGUCAUGAUAGUGGUUCUUCACCAUCACCUAGGAACUCUCCUGUUGACAAGAAGUACAGGAAUUUAAGCCAUUGCUGUGUUUUUUGUCACUCUGUGUCUGCUUCCCCUACUUCCACUUUAAUUGGCAUGUCACAUAUAUCUCCCCCUGUUUCUCCGUCCUUCUCACCGCCUCUUUCCCCUGCUCAUCGCACCCAAUUUUCAUCGCCCGUGUCUCGUUACACUGAUCGUUUUGGGGGUCUUGGGAGUGUUGAAUCGUCGUCUGUGGGUCAGAUGGAUCCAACUGGGUUGAUGAGCUACAAAGAUGCACUUACGGAAUUGGUUAGCUCAUUGGAAGCUAUGAAUGUGAAUCAUGAACCUGUUUCUUCACCAGCAUCUGCUUCUCAUCAAGCACAUUUUGAUGGGAAUUUACCGUGGUUGGAUGUGAAUUUUAGUAACAAUAAUGGUUACGAUGAUCAGCAGCAGUUCCUUCUUUCGCCUUCAACUCCAUUACCAAGUCCAAUUUCCAAUUCAAGGAGUAAAUUUUACGCGAGGGAAUUUCCAUCUCCUAGUCCUAUUUCCACCUCCAGAUUGAGCUUUGUGGAAGAACCCAAUAAUAAUAGUAAUAAUAGUGCUACAAACAAGUACUACAGUGACAAUGGAUUAGGUGGAGGACCAGAUCUUGGGUGGGUCAAUGAUCUUUUGACUUGAAAAAAAAGUUAUGGAGAUUAUGGGCCAUUGAUUUGGAGUUUAAUUUGUGGUCCAGUCCGAUUGAUUAUGAUGAAAAAUUAUUCAAGAUUUGAAGAAGAUUUUUGUAUAUACAAGUUCAAGAAGUACUGUUUAUUUUGCUAGCUGCUGCUGCUACUGCACCAUCCAUAUAAAACAAGAAGUCAACAAGUGUGUGUAUAUAUGAGAUGGAGGAGGAUGUGGUGACUGUUUAUUAUUACUAAUUUGAAAGCCUUAUUAGAUUAUUUUGCCUUAUUUAAUCAAUGUUAAUGUAAGAUUGCUUGGGUCAUCGAUUGUGUGUCGAUUAUAAAGAUGUAAUUUUCAAUUUCCAUUUUGUUGAAGGUAAGAAGAAUUGUGGGAGUACGUAUUGUGUUAUGUUCAAGUUCAAUGUGAAACCAUUAAUGUUACUAUUAUUA